CCUCUGACUUUGAAUGGUUUCGGAACGGAUAGUCAACGCAACGCUGCAGUCGCCCAGUUCUGCUUGUAGUUCAGCCCGCCACCACCCAGUGUCACCGUUUCCUCGUGGAACAUGUACGCUUUUCCUCUUUUUGGGGGGGGGGGCUUGAUUUCAUCCAUCAUACCCAGAAUGCAAAGUGAAAUAGCCGAACCUCAGUAGCCUUGCUCCAGCUUUCUUUUUGAGCUUUAUCAUGACCAGGAGGGACCCAGAAACCCUGAGACACAAACACACACACUAAACGGCGACGUGGUCCGCCUCAUGAGAACGCACGACGAGUCCCAUGCAGCUCGGACAGGCGGUCGACUUUUAGCACCGAUUGGCGUGAGCUCGUAGCGGCUGUCAUGGCAGCGUCGGAGCUGUACACAAAGUGUGCUCGGGUGUGGAUCCCCGACAUCGAAGAAGUGUGGAAGUCGGCCGAGCUGACCAAGGACUACAAAAAUGGUGACGCCUCUCUGCAGCUCAUGUUGGAGGAUGGAAAGGUUCGUCGUGAAUCGUCUUGCUGCUACCUCACUUCAGCCCAUCUGUUCAUCUUCGCACCGCUAAGACACAUCAGAGUCUCAUUAGCAUUAUUGGUUUUAGCUUGCAAAACAAAUUAGGUUGACCAAGAUGCACUUGGAGCAAUUUAAAUGUACAGCUGCAAAAUUCAUUCCUCAAAAGCACC